GCAACUCAAUCCUACCCCACUCACGAAACUAUUGCUCAGCAAGCAGACAGACACAAUGGUCAAGCGCAAGGAACUCAAAGACAACGAUGUCGACAUGGGGGGCACAGAUCGGCGGGUCGAGAACGACUCGGACUCGGACGAGGACAUCGACAUGGUCAACGUGGACUUCGAAUGGUUCGACCCAGACCCGGAGGUCGAUUUCCACGGGCUGAAGAACCUCCUCCGACAACUGUUCGACAACGACGCCCAAGACCUCGACAUGUCGGCGCUGACGGACCUGAUCCUCUCGCAAGCAUGGAUGGGGUCGACGAUCAAGACGGACGGGAAAGAAUCGGAUCCGUACGCUUUCUUGACUGUUCUCAACCUCCAAGAACACAAGGAUAAACCCAUAAUCCAAGCCCUAACAACCUACCUCCGGCAAAAAGCCCUCACGAACCCAGCCCUCAGCCCACUGAGCGCGCUCCUCACGACCCCACCACCAAAAACAACCAUCGGGCUGAUCCUGACGGAGCGGCUAAUCAACAUGCCAGCGGAGGUGAUCCCGCCGAUGUACACGAUGCUGCAGGCGGAGAUUGCGCACGCGGUGGCAGACCGCGAGCCGUUCGACUUCACGCACUACCUGAUCGUGUCGAAGACAUACGAGGAGGUGCAGUCCAAGCUGGACAUGGAGGAGACGCGGCCCCAGAAGAAGAAGAAGGCGGCGGCCGGCGGAAGUGCGGAGCGGUUCUUCUUUCACCCUGAGGAUGAGGUCGUCGAGAGGCAUGCCCUCUGCGCUGGCUCGUACGAAUAUACCCGGAAGCAGGACGAUGGGCAUUCUGACUCGAAGCGUGCGUUCCAGGAGUUGGGGAUUCGGACUAAGGGAAGCUUGAUUUUGUUGGAGAAGGGCCGGUUGGAGGGCGCUGUUAAGGCUAUGGCGGAGUAUGUUGGGGCUGGGGGGCAAUAGGUCCUAUAAUGGGUUUGGCGGGGUGGUUUGGAUGGAAUAGAUGUGGAAUGAGAAAAAGCUUGGGUGUUUUCUUUCUUACUUUCUUGCUUAGUUUCUGAGGGGUGG